UUUAGCUCCGUGUGUCAGACUGAAGCAGCAGCAGCUCGCGGAGGUUCAGUCGGAUUUACCGCUCAAACUCGCUUUGACCGUCGCGGACUUUCUCAGAUGAGUUUGUUUUCACUCUGAGUACUAGUCUGGAGGACUAGUUUAGCGAUGUCCUGCUCGCGCGCUCAGCAGCAAGUUUGUGGGAUGAUGUGAACGCGAUUAUCAGCGGAGGAUCGAGGAUCGAGCUGCGGGAGGAUGAAUGUAUUUCUCCGGCUCGGAUUCUCAUUUCUGCUGCUCUUCUGCGCGCCUGUUUCUGCUCAAGGUCCAGAAUGUGGAGCUGGAUGUCAUCAACACCACGGCUUCUGUGAGCAGUCUGGAGAAUGCAGGUGCAGAGCAGGUUGGCGAGGCGCAGCGUGCGAUCAGUGCGUUCCUUCACCUGACUGUGUUCACGGAGCGUGUGAAGAACCCGGGCAGUGCAUCUGUGAGCGCAGCUGGACGGGCGCUCGCUGCGAUCGAGACGUUCACCAGUGUUCAUCAAAGCCCUGCUCGGGAAACUCUACCUGUGUGGAGACCGGAGGAGGAGGAGGAGGAGGAGGAUAUGUCUGCCUUUGUCCUCUUGGAUUCACAGGGGAUAGCUGCCAGCUGAAGAAAGGACCGUGUUCGGUGAACGGCUCUCGCUGUCAGAACGGAGGAACCUGCGUGAACACGAGUGGCUUUGACAGCCGUUGCUCCUGCCUCUGUCCACCUGGAUUCACUGGCGCUGUCUGUGAGAUGGAGCUUGACGUCUGCGAGCCCAAUCCGUGUGUGAACGGCGGCAGAUGCGUCCGUCGUGACCCGACUUACACCUGCGUCUGCCCGCACAGAUUCACCGGCCCGUCCUGUGAACUCCAUAUCAGCAAGCUCAAGCCCAAAGCAGGAGGUCCGGGUCACUACGCCGCAGCAGCUCACGCUUUCCACAAGCUGCUGCGUCCGCCCGAGCGUGAGCCACUCCAGCCGUCCGGUCCGCUGGUCACCCGCAGCCAGAUCAUCUGCUUCUCCGUUCUGGGUCUCCUCACCUGUCUGGUGAUCCUGGUCACGACGGGCAUUGUCUUCUUUACCCGCUGUGAGACGUGGAUGGCGAACGCCAAGUACAGCCAGCUGGUGCGACAGCAGAGAGAUCAGCAGAGAGAGCAGCAUUCGCUCAACAUCAUCCUGCCGGAGAAAAUCAAGCUGAGCAACUACAGCAAGCAUUACAUGUCCAUAUGAAGCGGAUCCGUGCGUCUGGACGACAGAAACCCAGACGAGAGGUUUGGUGCUUCAGUCUCUCGUGUGAAAAAGAGAAGAUGAAAAACAGCUGGAUUGUUGGAAUACAUGCAUAUAUCAAGCGGACAACACUCACGGCUCUCUCUCAUUCAGAAGGCCGGUGAAAUAAAUGGUUUUCACUCAUCUCUAGUUACCAUCAGUGCGUGAGUUCAGUGAUUGUGAUAUUGUGAUGUACCUAGUUUAACGGUGGUGAACGGAUGAACGGUUCAGCACGGCGUGUUACGACUCAAGCGCUGCAGAAGAGCUGGCCGUUAUCGACAUGUUUUCAUCACCUGAGCAUUUCGUAAACGUUACUUUUCAUGCACAUAUUUACAUGCGAACAAAUGAUUAAUGUAGCACUAAAUAAACCAUUGU